AUGAUCCGAGCAUCCUUCGGAACCGCCACUGCCCUUAUCCACACCCACACUCAUGGAGGCGCUCAAUCCCGCCCUCUCCAAAACAACACCCGAGAAGUAAUCCACUGCCCCGAAGCCUGGUUAGUCAAAAUCGUCUCCACUCUCUUCGUCUACAGAGUCCCAGACUCCGAUCUCUGUUUCUGCUACCUAAGCAAGAACCUCAACCCCUUCAUCGCAUUCGAGGUCGUCAAGAAGCUCGACAACCCGCACAUAGGGUUCCGGUUCUGGGAGUUUAGCAGAUUCAAGCUCAACAUCCGCCAUUCUUUCAACACCUACAACCUCCUCACGAGAUCGCUCUGUAAAGCCGGUUUGCACGAUUUAGCCGGAAAAGUGUUCGAUUGCAUGAAAACCGACGGCGUUUCUCCGAACCGUCAAUUGUUAAGCUUCCUGGUGGCGUCUUUCGCUGAAAAGGGUAAGCUUCAUUUCGCUACCGCCUUGCUUCUUCAAUCUUAUGAAAUUGAAGGAAGUUCCAUGGUGGUGAACAGUUUGUUGAACACGCUGGUUAAGCUAAACCGCGUGGAGGAUGCGAUGGAUGUGUUCGAUAAGCAUCUAAAGUUUCAAUCUUGUAUUGAUACAUGGACGUUUAACAUUCUGAUUAAAGGUUUGUGCGGUUUAGGGAAUGUAGAUAAAGCGUUAGAGCUUUUGGGGGAGAUGAGUAGUUUUGGUUGUUCUCCUGAUAUCGUCACUUAUAAUACUCUGAUUGGGGGUUUUUGCAAGAGGAAUGAGUUGAAGAAAGCGAAUGAGAUUUUCAACGAGGUUAAGACGAGAGAUGGUUGCUCUCCGGAUGUUGUUACUUACACAUCGAUGAUGUCAGGGUACUGCAAAGCUGGGGAGAUGAAAGAAGCGUCUCUUUUGUUAGAUGAAAUGGUUGGUUUGGGAAUGUAUCCGAGUAAUAUAACGUUUAACGUUCUUGUUGAUGGUUAUGUGAAAGCUGGUGAGAUGUGUGAUGCUGAAAUGGUUCGUGAGAAGAUGGUUUCGUUUGGUUGUUUGCCUGAUGUUGUGACGUUCACUUCGUUGAUUGAGGGAUACUGCAGAGUAGGAGAGUUGAAGAGAGGGUUUAGUCUUUGGGAAGAGAUGAAUGCGAAAGGAAUGUUUCCUAAUGCGUUUACGUAUUCGAUUCUCAUCAACGCGCUGUGUAGAGAGAACAGGCUGGUCAAGGCUAGGGAGCUUCUGAGGCAGUUGGCUUGUAAAGACAUUGUCCCGAGACCGUUUCUGUUCAACCCUGUGAUUGAUGGGUUUUGUAAAGCUGGGAAGGUUAACGAGGCGAAUGUGAUCGUGGAGGAGUUGGAGAGGAAGAGGUGUAAACCGGAUAAGAUCACGUUUACGAUUCUUAUCAUUGGACAUUGCAUGAAAGGGAGGAUGUGUGAAGCGGUUAGCAUUUUCCAUAAGAUGGUGGCGAUUGGUUGUUCGCCGGAUGAGAUUACGGUGAGUUCUUUGUUUUCUUGUCUUCUUAAGGCUGGGAUGGCUAAAGAGGCGUAUCAGCUAAACAAGAUUGCAGUGAAAGGGCAGAGGAGUGAUGUAGAAGCACCUGUAGAGACGAAAACGGCAAAUGCAUGCUCUGCCGGCGUAAUUGGAAGCCGAACAGAUAAGCAGACAAAAACUCACAAUUUUCGGGGCGAAGAACUAAGACGUUCUUCAGCAUGUUUUUGGCAGCCAAAUGUGCUUAGACAAUGGCAGUACCAGCUACGAUCGAAAAAGCUUCACAGUUCCAAGAACCAGGCGAGGAAAACUCAGUGA